GAAAGAAAAUUGGGUUUAUUUAUCAAUCCAUUUUUUUUUUCUUCGUUCCUUGGUUCCUUACUCUUCUCAAACAUUUAUUACACUUCUGUAUUAUUGAAUGUCUUUUUGCGGGGCGUUGGAUCGGCAUAACCUUUCUUUCCUUUCAUUUAUUUAUUUUUUUUAUUUUUGUCAAUUUUUCCCCUUAUCUGUGCUCUCUCUCUCUCUCUCUCUCUCUGUGUGUGUUGUGUGUACUCUACACCUCGCACCUUGCGCCUUGCGCCGCCUCAAUGAAGCUGCAUCCAGGAUCCAGGUAUAUCUUUUUUCUCCACUCUCUAUUUCCUUUUUUUUAUUCUCCCUUUUUCACGCUCUGCGUCCUAUAGCUAAUUGUACUGUAUUGUACUGUUACCUUGUUACCCCCUUCAACGUUAAGGAUCAGACAUGGUCCUUUUGUGGACAGUGGGUGUAAUUAGGUAACUUACGAGUAGUACGUUGGUAAGUGGAAGGCUGAAGGGAAGAAAUGAAAUUGUAUAUAGUAUAAGGUAGUAAGUAGUGUUUGAUGAAGAUCAAAUGCAUGCAGUACAUAUAUAUAGAUAUGUAUAUAUAUGGAAAAGAAAAAUAAUGCGUGUUAGAAUCGAACGGAUAUGAAAUGACAAGAUGACUGAAUGGAUAUAUACAAAAAUAUUUAAAAUAGAAAACAA